AUGGUUCCGGAUGCGGACAAGAAAGGUUUGCCGCGAGUCGUCGAAUCCGUCUAUGUGUCUUCGAAAACAAAACAGAAUAUUCGGGCGCUCUGUAAUUUACUCUAUCGAACCGCUUACGAUAUUCGUUCAGUGGGCAGCAAAGAACGACUUCUUGAUCAGAAAAUCCCGGCGUCCUAUUUGGCACUGGAGAAAAUAGUUGUGGAAUUGGGCGAUGAACGGCGAUCAGCGGGAAUAGAGCCAGUGAUGACAAAUCUCGCAUUCCGAAGUGCCGUUCAGGAAAGAAUGCUAAAGAAUUAUGGCCGAGCGUUUCGCGAUGACAUCGAAUUUAAUCACGCGUGCUCAUUUUUGCAUGAAAAUGGUGUUAUAUUGCAUUACGAAGAUGUAACAUUGCGGGAGUUGUAUUUUCUCGAUCCACAAUGGCUGUGCGAUAUCCUGGCACAUGUUAUAACAAUUCGCGAAAUAAAUCCCUUCGCGCGAAAUGGUCUUAUGAAAAUUGACGAUCUUCAAAUGCUGUUCAAAUCGUUAAAAUUGGGCAGCUCGGCUAUUAAUUUGAGAUCACACAUAAUAUCGCUGUUACAAAAAUUCGAAGUGGCGCUCACUUGGCAGUCACGUUCACUGCUUAUCCCUUCGUUGUUGCCCGAUGAAUAUCAGUUAAGGGGUGGAUAUCCAGGCUCGCGCGUAAUGGUGCCAACGAGAGCAGCAUCCUGGCAGCUGGAAAUGAUGGAACGCGACACCACGAACACUCCCAAGCAAACAAGAAAGAGGGCACCACAUCUUCACCUGCAGUCUUUUUUCUGUCAACGUAGCUUAGGUGAUAUACGACAUCCAGCAACAAUACCUCAAAUAGCCGGUACAAAUGUACGUAAAAAGCCAUCGGCAGCAGUCUCAGUGGAUCGUUCACGGCAUGGCAAUGGUUUGGGAAUUCCAGAAGCAGUGGAACAAAAAAUUACUGUUAAUGUGCAGUUUGUGGAGCAGGAACUGGUUCGUCGUGUUUACAUGAUGGCAUAUAUACCAUCCGGCUUUUGGUCGCGUCUAAUGACACGUAUGCUCGUUGACGAUCAUAUAACCGCAUGCGUGGAGCGUUUAUUGCAAGUGGAACAUCUUCCGGACGGUUGCACACUCGAUAUUCUCAAAGAACUAUGCAACAAGCAGUUCCAUCCUCAAUGGCUGCUUUGGCAGACCGGUUUUGAGGUGCUGCAUUCACGUUUACCGAUCUUAUUUUACGAAUUCAUCCAGUGCUUCUGUUUUACU